UACAAAAAUCAGUUGCACGGCUGUGGCGGGAAGGAACAAAUCAUCAGAACAUUAGUGUCGUUAAGAUAGCUGUACAAUUCUGAAGCCCGAAUUUUCUUCUUCACCAACUCUCCGGAUACACAGUCACUUAACUCUUUCCUUGAAAAAAAAAAAAAACAUCAGUUUCAGAUUAUAUCCACAAUUCAAACCCUAAUUUCCUCGAUAUGUCCUUCCUGGAUGAAUUUCAAGCCAAUCUGGAAUCAUUACCCAAUAUCCUGCAGAAGAAGUAUGCCUUGUUGCGUGAUCUAGAUAAGAGUUUGCAGGAAAUCCAACGACAGAAUGAACAACGUUGUGAACAAGAAAUAGAGGAUAUUAAGCGAGGAGUUAAGGUUGGAAAUAUUACACCAGAUACCUCGCUUAUCAGAUUCUCAGAUGAAACACUUGAUGAGCAAAAGCAUAGUAUCAGGAUUGCAGAUGAGAAGGUUGCAUUGGCUGUCCAAGCGUAUGAUUUGGUGGAUGCUCAUAUACAACAACUUGAUCAGUAUCUGAAAAAGUUCGAUGAAGAGCUUCGACGUGAAAGAGAGAAUGCUGCAGCAACUGCUUCGCCUGGCUCAAGUGUUGAUGGCAGUGCUAAAUCUGGAAGGGGUGGUGAGAGUGGUAGAGGAGGGCGUAAAAAAACACGCCUGGCUACAGCAGCUGCAGAAGCAACAACAGCUGCAACUUCUGCAAAUCCUACUGGUAUGGAAUUAGAUUGUCCGGUGGAUCCAAAUGAACCAACCUACUGUUUCUGUCAACAAGUUAGCUAUGGGGAGAUGGUAGCUUGUGAUAACCCCCACGUAUGUAAUAAAAUUCUCUUUGCCUGUUCUCUUCCAAACUUUUUUGCAGAAAGUGCCUAAUCACUAUUUUCAAAC